AUGUUUAUUAAAAAUGACCAUGUUGGUGACAGAAACCGUCUAGAAGACUGGAGAAUCAAAGGCUAUGAUCCAUUAACUCCUCCAGAUCUACUUCAACAUGAAUUGCCAAUCUCGGAGAAAGGUCACAAAACCAUUGUAGAUGCUAGAGAAGCCGUCUGUGAUGUCUUGAACGGUAAGGAUGAUCGUCUGGUUAUUGUUAUUGGUCCUUGUUCGAUUCACGAUCCAAAGGCCGCCUACGAAUAUGCUGAUAAGUUAGCUGAAGCUUCCAAGAAACAUUCCAAGGAUUUGUUGAUUAUUAUGAGAGCUUAUUUGGAAAAGCCAAGAACUACUGUGGGAUGGAAAGGUUUGAUUAACGAUCCAGAUAUCGAUAACUCUUUCCAAAUUAAUAAAGGUUUGAGAAUUUCUAGAGAAUUGUUCACUAACUUGGUUGAGAAAUUACCUAUCGCUGGUGAAAUGCUGGAUACUAUUUCUCCACAAUUUUUGAGUGAUUGUUUCUCAUUGGGUGCCAUUGGUGCCAGAACUACCGAAUCUCAACUUCACAGAGAAUUGGCAUCUGGUCUAUCUUUCCCAAUUGGUUUCAAAAAUGGUACUGACGGUGGCUUGCAAGUCGCUGUCGAUGCCGUGAGAUCUGCAGCUCAUGCUCACUACUUCCUGUCUGUUACCAAGCCUGGUGUUACUGCUAUUGUCGGUACUGAAGGUAACAAAGACACUUUCAUCAUCUUAAGAGGUGGUAAGAACGGUACCAACUACGAUGCUGCCGGCGUUAAGGAUGCCAAGGCUCAAUUGUUGAAGUCUAAAUUGAUCGACGAAAAAGACGUUCAAAGAAGAAUUAUGAUCGACUGUUCCCACGGUAACAGUAACAAAGACUACAGAAACCAACCAAAGGUGGCACAAAGCAUUCAUGACCAACUUAAGGAUGGUGAAAACGGUAUCUGUGGUGUUAUGAUCGAAUCGAACUUGGUCGAAGGUAGACAAGACGUGCCUGCCGAAGGUGGUCGUGCAGGAUUGAAAUACGGUUGCUCCAUCACAGACGCUUGUAUCGGUUGGGAAUCAACUGAGCAAGUGCUAGAUCUGCUUGCCGAUGGUGUCAGGCAAAGAAGAGCCGCUCUCGGUAAAUAA